AUGUUGUGGAGGUAUCCACUGAUAUUGGCAACUUUUUGUUGGCUGGGAACAGCAGCACAACAAAAUGAUCCGGAAAAGAAGUUGUCGAGUUUCGACGCAUGUAAAGCAGAUAUUCAUAAACAUUGUAGUAGACCCGAUGUAGAUCUUUCGAGCGACAUGUCCAUCCUGGAAUGCCUUCAGGAUGCUGGACUUUCCGAAACAGCCACACUAUCCGAACAGUGUGAACAACUUGUUUGGGAUUUUAAGGUAAAAAUCACGCAAGACGAGCGUUUUGUGACAGCUGCCAAACAGUAUUGUGAGGAAGAACUUAAAUCCAAUGUUGCGAUGCAAACAUGUACAUCACAAACACAACCUGGAUACGCGUUGAGUUGUUUGAUCGAAUUCACGAAGAAUGUGACAGAGACUAGCAAGUGUCAUGCUUUCUUGGCCCGCACCGAACGUCUCGCCUUCUCCGACUUCCGUCUCGUUGGUCCAUUCGUCACCAAGUGCCGAGCAGUACUUGACCAAUUCAAAUGCAACGUUCUCACACCCGACCCAGCUCAUAAAGGAGUCCGCGUAGCGCACACCCAAGGAAUGGCUCUCGAGUGUAUUCUGGAUAAAGUUGUCAAGAAUGCAAAGACCCAAGCAGAUGCGUUGGCGAUUCUUGGUGACGAGUGUAAGCAUGAAGUGUUGAGACUGGCUGAAAUGCAAGCUGACGAUUUCCAUCUGGACCGCCCGUUGUUCUUCGCGUGUCGGUUGGAUCGAGAGAGAUACUGUAAGGAUGUGCCAUCGGGACAAGGAAAAGUGUUCGAGUGUCUUAUGAUGAAUAGAAACGACAAAUUUAUGGAUACGGAGUGCGGAAAUCUUCUCGCCGAGAGAGCAUACCUCAUGGGACGAGACUACCGUAUGGCGCAUCCACUCACCAAGGCUUGCCAGCCAGAAUUGACGAGAUACAAGUGUGAACCACAGAAUCAGAUUGAGGCCGCCGCUCAUUUCCACCUCGCUUGGAUUCUUCUCUGCUUGGAGAAUGGAGCCAACCAACCAGAACACAAGGAACUCCCCCCAUCCAAAGAGUGCUCUCAUGAGAUGAUCACACAUAGACAAAUGAUGAUGCAACACUUCCGAAUGGCUCCAGAAUUGGUGCUCAAUUGUGCUCAGGAGAUUGACAAGUGGUGUAGUCCAACUGGAGAUAUUGAAGCCGAGGGAAGAACUCUUCAUUGUUUGAUGGAGCAUGCUGAGUCUAGAAAUGAAACGCAGAAACUUGGAGCACAAUGUCUUCAAGCUGUUCAACAAGUUGUCAAAGUUGCGGAUAUUGGAAGAAACUACAAAGUUGACAAGGUUCUCUACGGAUCCUGUAGAGCACUUAUUGAUGGACCAUGUGCCCAGGAUGCAGUCUCUGAGACUGCAACAUUGACUUGUUUAAUGAAAAAUGUGGAUAGCCCGGAUAUGGUUCCAGAAUGUGAGAAGCGUCUUCUUGAAGUUCAAUAUUUCAUGGCGAGAGACUGGACCUUGGACCCACAACUCUAUGAAGCUUGUCACAAGGAAGCAGUAGAGAGAUGUUCUGCUUUGGAUAACUGGCAUCAACAACAUAACACUGAUAAGGCUGUCGAUCCAGGACCACAAGUUCUUGCCUGCCUCUACAGAACUGCCUACGAUGAGGUUAGACCACUCUCUCAAGCCUGUGGAACCCAAGUCCGUCAACUUCUUCACGUCCGCGCGGUCCGUGUUAACUUGAUCCCAGAAAUCGAGGAUGGAUGUCGUGAGGCACUCUCAGAAUUCUGUUCCCACAACGUGAAGCCUUCUGAGGAGAUGAUGUGUCUUCAGCAGAAUUUCGAAUCGGAUCAAUUCAAGAGAAAGUAUCCAGUUUGCUUCCAACAUCUCACCAAAUUCACAGAGAUGGAGGCAAAGGACACCAAAUUGAAUAGAGCGUUGACGAAGGCUUGUAAACCAGUUAUCUCGACUCAUUGUGCUCAAUUUGCUCUGGAAGAUAUUGAUCAUGGAGAUGUACUAGAGUGCCUUGUGAACAACAAGGAUGCAAAGGAGAUGACAACAAAGUGUAGAUCAUACGUCAACCAUUUCGAGCUGAUUUCUCUUCGCGACUACCAUUUCAGCUAUAAAUUCCAGAAGGCGUGCGCUGCUGACAUUGAACAGAAUUGUAGAGAUCACAACAACGAUAAGGGAGAGAUCAUUCGAUGCUUGUCAGAGGUACGAUUCGAACACAAGGUUCUCGGAUCGGCCAAGGAUUUGACGGACGAUUGCAAGAAACAACUCAAAGUGGCUUAUCUUCAGCAAGAACAGGUAGAAUUCGAUGAUAAGGAACACAUGGCUGAUGCGGACCCGAAACUAUCCCAAAAGUGUGCUCGCGAAAUCCAAAUCUUCAACUGUAACAAGGCUGAGACGUUCGAAGAGACCGUGGAAUGUCUUCGUUUGAAUUUCGAACAACUUGGACCAGACUGCAAAUCGAUGAUCUUCUACAGAGAGAAAAUCGAGGCUGUUGACAAUUCGAUGGAUGACGAGCUCCAGAAGAAGUGUAGAUAUGAUAUAUCGAAAUUCUGUGGAAACAGUGACUCGGAGAAUGUUCUGGAAUGUUUGACGAACACGAAAAUUGUGAGAUUACUUCAAAGAGAAUGCAAGGCGGUGGUGAAGGAGAGAAUGCAAGAGUCGGCGAGAGAUGUGAGGUUGAGACCACAACUUUUGACUUCGUGUAGAAAGGAGGCUGAGACUUACUGCCCUGAGGACAUGAAGAAGAUCAAUAUGCCCCAAUACUCCCAGACAGUUCUCGAUGGCGUUGUCGUAGCUUGCCUUCGCGAGAAGUUCCGUCAAUCUAUCUCCGACCAAAAUCACAUUGAAUUCUCUCCACGUUGCUCAGCAGAAGUCUCCAGAGCUAUCGUUGAAGCAGAGUUCGAUCCACAACUCGAUCCACCACUCUACAACGCUUGCAAGUCAACUAUCAACUCCCGUUGCUCAGCACAAAUUUUGGAGUCUGGAGGACAUUUCGACAAUGUGAUGGAGUGUUUGAAGGCGGAUUUCAAUAAGGGACUGAUCAAGGAUAAUUCGUGUGCCGGACAAGUGGCCAGGCGGCUUCAGGAGUCGUUGGUGGAUAUUCAUUUGGAUCCAGUGCUGCAUGAAGCGUGUGCGAUGGAUAUUCAGAGGAAUUGUAGAGAUGUGCCGCCAGGACAUAGUAGAAGUGAGUGUUUUGGAUCCUUGAACUCAGUAAAAAUUUUCAAAGAAUCUUCGAAUUAUAAGAAUCUUAGAAUCCAAAAAAAUUUAAUUUUUCAAUCUGAAAUUUCAGUCGUCAUGUGCCUUAUGGAUUCUGCUGACAAACAACAACUCUCCAAAGAAUGCUCGACAAAACUCAAUGAUCGAAACAAGCUGUGGAUGAAGGCUCACUCAGAAUUCCAGAUGGCUCUUCCAGAUUCGUGGCACGCCUUCGCCACGCUGGUCAUGGAGCAUCCGGAGAGAAACUCCAUUCUUGGAUAUAUUGCCGGAUUUGUUGUAUUCGUUCUUCUAGUCGGUUGCUGUUGCGGACGAGUUUCCAAGAAACAGUAUAUUGAGAUGAAGAAUCGUUAA